AUGGAGCAUCCAUACAACCCAUACAAAAUCCCUCAAGACAUUGAGGCGAGCGCCUGCUUCAGAAGAGGCACCUACAUCGAGCUGUCGACGGGCGUGCUGCGCCGUGUGGAGGACAUACGCACCGAGGAUUUCAUUCAGUCGGCGUUGCGUUGUCCGGAAUUCGACCUCAAGGAGGCGACGGUGGUCAAGAUAGAUAGGAGCUCAGAGCAUAUGAACAAGAUUACGUUUAGCUAUGAUAUGCAGCAUUUGAAGGUCACCAUGGAGGUGGCAUCGGCUCAUCCUUUAUUUGUGUAUGGCCAGGGCUGGGCAUCGUGCAACCCGCAAUUGAGUUUUGAUCUUUACGAGCUAAAGUGCCAGCAAUUGCAGGUCGGUGACAUUUGUCUUUCGCUGGUGGAGCGUGAGCAGCCACCACCGCCACCAGUGGAGGCUCUGGAUCUUCAGCCUGUUCCACUACUGGAAGCCCAGUGGACAAACUGUCAAUCUGUAGCACUGCCCCAGCAUCCGUAUCAAGUGUAUGCGGAGAUGGCAAAUCUUGUGGCAGCCUAUACACAACAUUUGAUUGGCAAAAUGGCAAAUUGACAAAUUAAUUCACUUAAUUCAUUUUUUAU